AUGAUAACGGGCCCGGAAAGCAGACAGACCCACAGGCUAUUGGACUUAAAGAAGCAGCAAUGGGCAAAGGAAAGAGAGGAAAUGGCGCGCAUGGAUGAGAUGUAUACGAGCGCACGUCUUCAGCAACACCAUCAACACACAUCGCACAUCGAGCGCACCUCCAUACGCACCUUCUACUCCAACUUGGACUUGAGUCAGACCUCCAACCAAACAUCGAGUCACUCCAGACAGCAGUAUCCCCAGCACACCUCCAAAGAUAUGCACUUGAUGUUGCGUCAACCCAACUACGCGCAAAUGCAGCGCCAGGGCAGUCAAGACUAUGGAAAUCAACUGGAGCGUUACAUAGAGGACUUGGAUGUGGAUGGUGAUGCGGACUUCGAGGACGACGAUUUGGUCUACAGACGGGGAAGACGCGGCAGCUAUGCGCCGGGAAUGACGCGACCAAUGCAGAUGCCCGCACGCUAUAUCGAACUCGUGCCCACAUCCCUCCAGACCGCCAAGGGCCGCUUGCAACACCCACAGGCAGCUCAGCAGCACCCACACCAUUUACAGCAACAGCGACUGAGGAGUCCCAGUUUGCCAGCCAUUCGGCACAGGGAGUAUGCAGUGCGGGUGCAGCAACAACAACCACAGCAGCAGCAGCAGCAACAGCCGGAAAAGGCGGCCAAUCAACUCGGCCAAAAUAAUGGAAAUAAUAGCAACAAUAAGGGAAAUGGCGGGCAGGUUAAUGGCAAUGGGCACGUAAACGCGAACGCAUCCAAAGGCAUGCCAGCGCAAACAAAUGCGAAUCCUGGCAACGCCGCUAAUCGAUUAAACAACAAUGGGAAUAGCCAGGCUGCCGGUUGCCAGGAAGAGGAUACUUCGGGCUAUCUGAGUGAUACCCCAAAGAAUAUUCACACACCCGAUAUUUGGUACAACGACGCAGUCAGUCAGAAUGGGAGCAUAAGUGGGGUGGGUAGCGUGGCCAGUGCCAGUGUCGUUGAGGAGCGCAUUGGCGUCGGCGUGGGAGCAGGUUUGGGUCUGGGGGAGGUUGGUGGCGUUGGUGCUGGUGGUGGUGGUGGAAACGGCAGGCGCUUAAAGCGAUCGAUGCAGGGUUCAACACAAGAAACCAUGCCUUUGUCGAAGGCCCCAGACCAGCAGCAGCAGCACAACAACUCAUAUGUUAUUAAAGGACGACGAGUACAACCAACCCAACAACCGCAGCAGGUCUAUGAGCCCCUGACAGCUGACAGCUACGCGACGGAAGGAUGCUGCUACAUGGUCGCACCGCCCAGCUCCUCUCACCUUUCCUUCAGCCGAGAUGUGUCCACAUCGAAUACCUACCAGGUGCAGACGAACACCUCGGAGCAGAGCGAUUACUACAUGCACGAUGAGCGCGAACGGGAGCGUGCGCGUUGGGCCAACUUUAAUAUGCAGGCGCAGCCACAGGCGGGUGUGGCACCACCGCCCGAAUGGCUCAGCCGUGGCGUGCAUGAUCUCAACAGCGAGGACGAUAUACAGUCCAUGCAAUCCUCCUCAACCUACUUGCGGGGUCAGAAUGCGCCAUUGGAUGCCGUCACGUUAGCUGAGCGCAUUGACAAACGCCGGAAGGCGGCCGAGUACCACAAUGCCAUCAAGAAGCAGUUACAUGAACGGGAACUCAUACGCAAGUGGGAGCUGGAGCGCCAUCGGCAGGAGGAGCAGAUAGAGGAGGAGCGUGUGCGGCGACAGAAGAGCAUCGAGCAGGAGCGUCUUGAAUUCGAGCGUCGCCAAUCGCAGGAGCGUGAGGAAGCUCAAAAGAAGAAACAGCAGGCCAUGCUAGAUGCCAUUGCCAAGGCUGAGGUGGCAGCCAAAUUGGAAAAGCAGAAGAAGCGGAAAACACGCGUGCUACAGCAGUCGCAGGAGAAGAAGGCCAAUGAAAAUGAGCACAAAGCGGAACUUUUGAAAGUGCUGUCCGUGGAAGAAGGGAAUGAAGCUGAACUGGAGCAGGGCGAUGACAUACAGUCGAAUACUCCACGCGCCCCACCAUCACUGCCACAGCCGCAGACCCAGCCGCAGGUUAAGCCAGCAGCCGUUACGGAGGAGAAGGUAUUAAUUGGCACACCCAUCAACCUGCGUCGCAUCACUACUAAGCCCAUAAAGCAGCCUGAAACAGAACCGAAGACCGAGGCCAAAGCUGAGCCAAAUCCAAGACCAUUCGGUGAGGAAAAGGAGAAUGUGGCGUUGAUAAUGCAGCCGGCUACGCUGAUCCCUCUUCCUGUGACCAGCGAUAUUUUCGGCCUGCAAAACGCCAUUGGCAACCUUCAGAUAGCCACAUACUUUGUGCAGCAGCCUAAAAUGCAGCCAACCACAGCUGCAUCUACUCUGGACAACUCAUACUCAAAGGCGACUAUGACGCAGCGCACGGAUACGUCCAUCUACACUGAAGACGGAUACCAGGCGGAGAAAGAGGAGGAGGGAGCAGAUACGGCACGCACAGCUCUGGGCACAGCUAGCGCUUGUUUUUCACCCGACUCCCUGGAAGUGAGUCUAGCGCGUCCUGCUCUGCUCUCGGAACAGGAUAAGAUGGCGUUGAUUCCCAUGAAAACGCCGCUGCAACCCACAGACCCAAGUCCAAAGACCCCUCGACAAUGUAGCAGUGACAACGGCAGUCAACUGGCAGAUGUGGAAACCCAAACAGAGUUGCCGCUGAACUGCGAUCUCUGCCUCUUUCACGACAACUUCUAUAAGGUGCUGCUCAAGAGGGAGGUUUCCACCACGACAACAACACAAACUUCUAAGACGCAGAGCCAGCUGGCAAAGGAAUCUGCAGCCGAGAAGGACCAUGAGACAACCACAACAACAACUACGACCACAACGACCACAUUCAAGGCAAAGUCAAAGGAAAAGGACAAAGACAAAGACAGACGGCGUCAAUGCAAGGACAAGGAUGCCAACAAAAUGGACGAUCGCCCCAAAUGGGGUGUCAACCGGCCAGUGGUGCAAUAUGUUAAGGCCAGUGAUCGCGAUCCGUUUUGUCUGCGCAAAAAGAAGAAUCAUAUAUCGACAGCCAAGCCUCCACGUUCGCAGUCCAUGGACUCUCGCUUGGAUAGUGUGGCUGUAAUGCCCGACGACCACUUGAGUGGUGACAGCAAUCCUUGCAGCGUGGGCGAGCAGGAAGAGGAGGGGUUUAUGCUCAAGGCACGCAAUGUCUGCACCGAGAUAUUACCGAUUAAAACCGAUGAGAAGGGUCGCAUAUUUCUGAAUUUUCGUGAAGCCAGCGCCAUUAUGAACGAGGACGAAAUCAAGGAUAAGCUGCGUCAAAAAUAUUUCAAUUUCGGACGCAUACUACCCCGACGCAGUUGGGCCUCGGCCACUCAACAUGGAUUGCCAUUUAGUGUGACCACCGAAACUGUGGGCACACUAACCACACCGAUAGUUGGUGAUUUGGCAGACGAUUAAUGACAUUAUUUUUAUGGGGAAACUUAUGUAAAACAACUUAUGUAA